UGUCGUCCGUGAAUGAAUUAGUCUAGAACUUGGAGGAACGCUGUUGCCGGCCCUUUUAAAAUGAGCAGCAGCGGCAAAGGCAAAGCUGACCCAAAAAGCUUGGGGGUUUCGUAGCUUCGUAGCGUUGCGUUCAUGGCGAGCUUCGUUUCUCUGAGCUUCUCCGUUCCACAGCUCACUCUCAAGGAAAUCCCACCACGAAAACUGGCUAAAGCUACGUUAGUUUCAAGGCGAGCUGGAACAGCUUCGAAGCUUGUGCUACCCUGGUAUUCAAAGAAAUCCAUAUCGAUUAAUUGGGAAAACUUUCAAUCUGUACGGUUAACUUCAAGACCUUUUUGGGGCAUAGUUUCUUCUAGUUCCAGGAAUAUGGUACUAUUAACUGGCUACUGGGUAGGACCUGAUGUUGAUGACGGAUGGGGAUAUAUAGAAGCUUUUAUCGAUCGGAUUACUUAACAAUUCAGACUUUAAAUUCCGUUUCAUGAUUUGUUUCUGCUUACUAUGCCUGAUCUUAGUUGAAUAAUUGUAUGCAUUAGUCAAUAGUCACUUGUUUUCAUCAAAGUGUCUGAAACUACCUCCUGCUUGUGAAAUUUUUAUCUUGUUUGACCUGCGAAGAUAGAUAAGUAACUUGAUGCUGAGAGGUUACUUGAACUUCUAGAUUUAGGAUUUGAUCCACUUUUUCAUGACAUUGUCAGGAUGGUACAAGCUAUUUAAUGUGAGGCUAGCAAGGACGGUUGAGCAUCUCAUGUUAGGAAACUUAAAUAACCUCACACUCUUUAUAAAAUAGUUGUACUACUUUAAUUUUAGUUAAUUAGUUUUGAGAUGGAUCUUAUGCUAUCUAAGGGACUGACUUUUAGAACAAUUGUGCUCUUAGAGAGAUUUAAGGUACUUUAUAGUUGUAAGAAUUCUGAAGAAUCUAGUUUGUUAGUUGAUAAAGAGCCAACAAUUUGUUUGCUAAGAUUUGCUUAUCGCAGUUCUUGCUGACUUUAAUACAUACCCUUUUGCUAUAUUUGUCAUACAGAAAUAGAAAGGAAACUCCCCAUAGUUGCAAAAUUGGAGCUGCCAACAACUCAGGGUGGACAACUACUGGGGACUAGUUUUUAAGUAUCAUCACGGUCAGCUGAAUUCACUCACUCAAGUGGAAAGAUUUGAGUCCAAGAAGUUCGUCAAAUUCGUGGAUAGAAGGGGAGACUAAAAGGAUAAAUAUAAAGAAGUAGCUCUCCAAGUUUCGAAUCGAAGUGGAAUACUCCAACUCAUAGGAAAUGGCGUUCAGUUGCUGCUUUUCCGGCAGCCAAAUGAUUAAUCUCCGACGUAACAUAAUAUCAGCACAGUCGUCAUCCGACGACCCUGCCGGUAAAUCUGCGGCGGAGGAAUUCGCACCGCUGGCAGUGACAUUUCGGCGGAGGCUAAUAGUUGGGAUCGGGUCGGCUUCUUUGGUAGCCAUCGGCGCAAAUUUCGGCGGCGUGACGAGCUUCCUGCUCGGCUUGUCACCGGAAAACAGUCGGCGGUUGAGAGUGGAUGUUGUUUAUCCAAUUGGAGGGUACAGUCGGUGCAUUGAUCCCAAUGAAGGAUUUGAGUUCAUAUACCCAUCGAGUUGGGUAGGAGACCAGAGAUUGCUUUAUCGGGCAGCUGAAAAGUUGGAAUAUGAACGAUCACUGGACCCUCCACCCUUGACCGAUUCCACCAUGGAUCGUCGUCGUCGAAAUGUUAACGAGCCAGUGGUUGCAUUUGGUCCUCCAGGUUCGAGUGGAGAGCUCAAUGUUAGCGUCAUUGUGUCCCCAGUACCUCUUGAUUUUUCAAUUGAAGCAUUUGGAGGACCAAAUGAAGUAGGGGAAGCUGUGAUCAGAACUAUCACAAGGGCCAGCAAACGCUCUGAUCUUAAAGGAACAUUGAUACAAACAACUCUAAGAGAGGAUUUGCUAACCAAAUACUAUGAACUAGAAUUCAAGGUGGAAAGCACGGCGUUUCGGCGGCACAACAUUGCAGUUUGUUGUGCUCGUCGGGGAAAAUUAUAUACACUAAAUGCCCAAGCACCUGAAUCAGAAUGGGCAGGUCUAAAAUCAAAGAUGAAGACAAUUGCCAAUUCUUUUUGUCUCUCAGCUUGAAGGCUUUUAUGUCCUAUUACUAUGAGGGUGGGAUUUGGGAAUUCUUUUUUUCUUUUUUCUUUUUUUUGGAGAUUACUAUAAAAUUAAGGAGAAUGUAAAACUCAAUAUCUUGCCAUCUAUAAAACUAUAUUGGAGAUGUUA